AUGGAGAGUGGGGGCGGCGGCGGCGGCGGGAAGGUGCCGCCUGAGGCUGUCUGAAGCCCCCGACGAGGGCAGGGCUCCCUUGGGGUCAACUUUAUUUCUGUGAGGGGCGGAGAAGGCGGUCGCGGGCUAACCUCUGAACUUUCAGAGAAGAGUAUGAAUGUUUCCGAGACCUGUUUGUUCAGCGGUUCCUCACUAGCAUCUCAGGUUCAUGCUGCUGCUGUUAAUGGACAUAAGAGUGCUCUUCUAAAGCAAAUAGCAGGUAAUCCUGAUCUGAAAGACAAAGAAGACCAGUUUGGGAGAACUCCACUCAUGUACUGUGUGUUGGCUGAUAGGCUAGACUGUGCUGAGGCUUUGUUGAAGACAGGAACGGAUGUCAAUAAAGUUGAUCAUAGCCAAAGGACAGCUCUCCACCUUGCUGCACAAAAGGGAAACUAUCGCUUUAUGAAACUUCUACUUGCUCGUAGAGCAAACUGGAUGAAGAAAGAUUUGGAAGAAAUUACUCCUUUACACUUAACUACCCGGCACAAGAGUCCAAAGUGUUUAGCUUUGUUGCUAAAAUACAUGGCACCAGGAGAAGUAGAUACACAGGACAAGAAUAAGCAAACUGCUCUUCACUGGAGUGCCUAUUACAAUAACCCAGAGCAUGUGAAACUUCUAAUCAAACAUGACUCUAAUAUUGGAAUCCCAGAUAUUGAAGGCAAAAUUCCACUACAUUGGGCAGCUAACCACAAGGAUCCCAGUGCAAUACAUACCGUCAAAUGCAUUUUGGAUGCUGCUCCAACUGAAUCUCUGUUGAACUGGCAAGAUUAUGAAGGACGAACUCCCCUCCACUUUGCAGUCGCUGAUGGGAACGUGGCUGUUGUUGAUCUGUUGACGUCCUACGAAGGUUGCAAUGUGACUUCUUAUGAUAAUUUGUUUCGCACUCCUCUUCACUGGGCAGCUUUACUGGGACAUGCACAGAUCGUCUAUCUUCUUUUAGAAAGAAACAAAAUUAGGACCAUCCCGUCUGACAGCCAAGGGGCAACACCUUUACAUUACGCAGCACAGAGCAACUUUGCUGAAACAGUGGAAGCAUUUUUGAAACACCCUUCUGUGAAAGAUGACUCAGAUCUCGAAGGAAGAACAUCUUUUAUGUGGGCUGCUGGAAAAGGCAGUGACGAUGUCAUUCAGACAAUGCUGAAUUUGAAAUUGGACAUUGAUAUCAACAUGGCAGACAAAUAUGGUGGCACAGCAUUACAUGCUGCUGCCCUUUCUGGCCAUGUCAGCACCGUGCAAUUGCUGCUAAAACAUGAGGCCCAGGUAGAUGCUACUGACGUCAUGAAACACACUCCCCUUUUCCGUGCCUGUGAGAUGGGACAUAAAGAAGUGAUACAGACUCUCAUUAAAGGAGGAGCAAGAGUGGAUUUGGUGGACCAAGAUGGUCACUCGCCCUUACACUGGGCAGCUCUGGGAGGAAACCCAGAUGUUUGCCAGAUAUUGAUAGAAAAUAAAAUCAAUCCCAACGUGCAGGAUUAUGCAGGUAGAACUCCACUGCAGUGUGCUGCCUACGGGGGCUACAUUAAUUGCAUGGUGGUGUUAUUGGAGAAUAAUGCAGAUCCAAAUAUUCAAGAUAAAGAGGGAAGGACAGCAUUACAUUGGUUAUGUAACAACGGCUACCUUGAUGCUAUAAAGUUGUUGCUGGGAUUUGGUGCAUUUCCUAAUCAUAUGGAGAACAAUGAAGAAAGAUAUACUCCACUUGAUUAUGCCUUGCUUGGAGCUCACCACGAAGUAAUUCAAUUCAUGUUGGAGCACAGUGCGUUAUCCAUAGCUGCCAUACAGGACAUUGCAGCCAUCAAAAUACAGGCAGUCUAUAAAGGAUACAAAGUUAGAAAAGCUUUUCAAGAUAGGAAAAAUCUUCUAAUGAAACAUGAACAGCUGAGGAAAGAUGCUGCUGCCAAAAAACGUGAGGAAGAAAAUAGAAGGAAAGCCACAGAGCUGCAGAAAGAACUGCAGAAUUCCAAGAGCAACAAGGUCCAAUUGCAGCAGGAGGAUCUUUCAGAAACGGAGAGGAGUCACACGAGUCUUCACACUGCACAGUGCCCUAUUCAGCAUGGAAACAGGCCUCCCUCUGGCAACGGGUCUCAAAAACAACCGGGCAAAAGCAAGAGAAGCUCAGCCACUGUCUUACCAAACAAAGUGGCUGUCAAGAACAAAUGCCAUUCCACGGAGCUGCUUGGUGAUGAUCACGGAAGAAAAUCAGAGGUCACCAGGGCAAACAGCAAAAGCAAGUCUGCCGGUGUCCCUCUCCAUUCCAGGAAGGACAAUGAUGGGUCUAGGCAUGAGGUUGAAGCAAAGCAUCAAACUAUAUCUGCUACCUCAGGCAGGGGUGGUAAAAAACACAAGGAGCCUACUGCAAGAACAAAUGGCGCCUUUAAGCAUGCCAGGAAAAGGCACGAUUCCAACAGUAAAGCUGCCAGCUCCGGGGGGAAAUCAGAAAAUCUAAGUCAGUCAAUAAACAAUGAUAUGGACCAUUGUGAAAAAAUAGCAGCUUGUAUUCAGAAAAGUAACUGCACUAAUGGAAGCACGAGGAAUUCAAAACAGUGUGAAAUGGCACUUAAAGGCAGCCCGCAGCAGCUGAAAGCAAGAAGCAAAGAGUUAAACAACGAGAGAUGGUCCCCAGCUGGCUCCAGCAGGCCUGGCAGUGCCAAAGUGGCAAGUAUGAACAACACACUUGCUGCUGUUCCACAGACUAACAAGGUGACAAGUCACAAGGCCUGUCCUUUGCUGGCCAACAAUGCAAGGACUAUGAGGCUGAUGCCCAGCAGAACGGUAACAGACCGUGGCCCUCUAGACAGUGCAAAACUGGAGAGGCAAGCUCUAGUGUCAUCCAGGAAUUCUGAGGAUCAGUCAUGCUUUGUUCAGCGCAAGAGCGGAAAUAUUGAACCCAUCCCAUUAGGAAUCCGGAUGCAGAUAAUAGAGAAGGAAAGGGCAAGGAAAGAGCUCUUCCGGAAGAAGAACUGUGCUGCAUACAUUAUUCAGAGGGCUUGGAGAAGGUACCAGUUAAGAAGUCACUUCCUUCAGCUUUUCAGUGUUAAGCAACAAUGCGAGGAAGAUAAAUGGCGAAAAGAAAUAGCUGCCUUUUGCAUCCAGGUCACUUGGAACAAGCAGUUGGACCGAACCCCUUUGAAAACCGUUCCCUCCAGCAAAAAUAUAAAGUCCAUGAACAAAAGCAACUCAGGUCUAAACUCCACACAAAAGCCAUCCACCCUGAAGCAGAUAUAUGGACGCUCUCAAGAGGGAAGAGUGAUGCAUCCAGUGAGACCUCCGUCUUCAAAAUACAAAGUUUGUGAACUACAGAUGCUAUCAGCACCUGAAUACUCAGUGAAAGAAAACAGAGAUACUUGUGCCAAAGGAGCAGCAAGUGGAUUGCAGUACCUUUGCUUGCUGGAGAAGACAGGGAAAUUUAAACAGUUUUCAUACAAUAUGAAACCUACCACAACUGUCAAAACAAAGCAAACGAAGUCAAGGCAUGAAAACAAGAAUGAGCUAUAGCAUUAGAGGAGAACCUAUUACUUUCAUAUGGACACUUUAAUAGUUUUUAUCAAUUUAUUCACUUAUGUGGUCUUAAAACAGUUCCAAGGUACUGAGACUUUCAUAUCCACCAAAACCAGUAAUGGAAAUCCAUGAAAAUGUACUGUGUUGGGAGACAGUUUACUGGCAACAGCUAGAAUGCCUUUUUCGUAUCAGGCUGACUGAAGAAUGCUAUCCUGUGCCUUCCUCACUUGCCACUUCCAAGAUAAGCAAAUCUGAACCAAAGGUACUAACAAAUGUAUUUAACAAAGGAAGUUGCCUUAUUCUGUCAAACCAUUUCUUUAUCUAACCCAGCACUAUCUACUUUGACUGGCAGUUCUCCAAAAUGUCAGCCAAGUUCCCCAGCCUUACCUUAUGUAAGUGCCUUGCUCUUGCACCAGUGUCUAUACAUGAGCCAAGGAUGGUAAAAUUUCAGCUUAAUGGUAAGAAACAAUUGUUAACACAAUCCUCUCUUUUACACACAAGACAAUCAUAUACAUUUUUAAACAACAAAUUUCAGGGGUAAUGAGUUAUAACACUGUGUUUAAGGUGCAUUUUUUUCACCCUCAGACAUAUUGUUGCUUUAUCGUCUCCGUAUUCACAUAUACAGGUUCUUUGCCCAUACAAUACGAUCCAAAAGGAGAGGCGGGUAAGAAAUAAAUGUAUUAUUAAUUAUUAUUAUGGGGUUUUCUUUUAUUGCUCUGGAAUCUGUGUUAGAUAAUUGAGCUGUAUGUAAAUAUUGAUGAUGAUAAUAAUAAAGCUACCUUCAGGAACAUUCCAAA